CCCAACCCCUCGGGCCACCCGCUCUUGAGUUGGAGACUCCUGGCUCCCGUUCGGCUCACAGUCCGGGCAACAGAGGGACACGGGAAUGGACACAGAAGGGAGUCAGAGCAGCCUGUCGUCCUCCACGCAGGACUCCCCACACGACCCCUGCAAAAUGUUCAUCGGCGGGUUGAGCUGGCAGACGACACAAGAGGGGCUGAAGGAAUACUUUUGUAAAUUCGGCGAGGUGAAGGAGUGUAUGGUGAUGCGGGAUCCGGUUACGAAGCGGUCGAGGGGGUUCGGAUUUGUCACCUACGUAGACCAGACCGGUGUGGAUAAAGUUUUGGCCCAAAACAGACACGAGCUGGAUUCAAAAACAAUUGACCCUAAGGUGGCCUUUCCGCGUAGAGCUCAGCCGAAGCUGGUUACGAGAACAAAGAAGAUCUUUGUCGGAGGACUGUCUGUCAACACCACCAUCGAAGAUGUGAAACAGUAUUUCGAUCAGUUUGGAAAGGUUGAUGACGCGAUGCUAAUGUUUGACAAAACCACCAACAGGCACCGAGGUUUCGGCUUUGUGACCUUUGAGAAUGAAGACGUGGUGGAAAAGGUCUGCGAGAUCCACUUUCACGAGAUCAACAACAAGAUGGUGGAGUGCAAAAAGGCACAGCCGAAGGAAGUGAUGUCACCGACAGGUACGGCGCGAGGCCGCUCCAGAGUGAUGCCCUACGGCAUGGACGCCUUCAUGCUGGGUAUCGGCAUGCUGGGUUACCCAGGGUUCCAGGCGGCCACUUACGCCAGUCGUGGAUACACAGGAAUCACACCAGGAUACACGUACCAGUUCCCAGAAUUCCAUUUAGAACGGACACCCCUCCUGACUUCCUCUCACCCCCCAGAGAUCACAGCCAUUCCACUGACGGCCUACGGACCAAUGGCAGCGGCGGCGGCUGCAGCGGUGGUCAGAGGUUCCACCCCAUCACGUACCGCUGGCUUCCUGGGCACCAGCAGCCCUGGGCCAAUGGCAGACCUGUAUGCAGCAGCCAAUCAGGAUUCAGGAGUCAGCAGCUAUAUCAGUGCGGCAAGUCCCGCCCCCAGCACAGGGUUCGGACAUGGACUCGGGGGUCCUUUGAUCGCAACGGCCUUCACCAAUGGCUACCACUGAGAGGCGUCCAAUCAGAGUGCAGCGUGGGAGCAGAAACUCACGCGCUUGUGAACCGUGAGCACGGCUGACGAUGCGAUGCGCUUUUGGGACGAACCCCGCGGACGGCUGCGGUCCCUCCUGACUCCGCUCUGGAGUUUCCACCUUUUCUUUUUUCUCUAUUCUCUACUAACAUCACUUUUUCGUUUUCCUCAUCCCGUAUCUUCUUCCUGACUCAUUUAUGAUAUGCUGCCGUCUGUCUUUUGAAAGAAAAGAAAAUGAAGAAAAAAAAAAACAUUGUCAAAAACUAUACUGUUUGAUUGUACGUGCGGAAACACGCAAGGAAUUUCGUUUCCCCGGAUUUUUUUUUUUGGCAAGUUUUUCUGCAUUUGUUAUGUAUUUUUGCUGACUGUGUUUUUAUGUUUUUACUGUACUCAUGCUGUAACGGAUGAUGAUGUCGAGAAAGACAGAGAGAGAGAGAGAAAGAGAGAGAAGGAGCACGAAACUGGAAAAAAUCCCAGAUUUGUUUGGUUUCGAACGCAGAACAAAUACGUGAGAACGAAUCAAAUUUACGAAAAACGAAACAACAAAAAAAAACAGGACAAAAAUGUAUAUUUUGGUAGUUUUUACACAGCAUUUAUAAUGUUAUUACGAACAUUCGUAAACUGAAUCGGUUAUUUUUUUCGUAAGAUUGGUUUUUACACGAGAAACGAUGGGCCUCGCUCAUGAAUCUGCGUUCUUUUCAGAUGUGAGAAUAUUCGACACAUUUUUACCCAGAAAUCUGUGCCGAGGCUCAUUGUUCGGCUUCUUUUUGUAGAUACUGUACAUAUUGCAUGGAUUUCGGGAGGGUUCGAGGGUUCGCAUUGAACGACGGACUGGGGGUUGCGGGAGGGUUGAGGGUCCUUUAUGGUUUUUAACACGCAAACGUCUUUCUUCACAUUGAAUCUUGCAUUUCUGAGACGAGUCGCACGAACCCGGUUGGACCGAUGUGGGUCUUUGGUUGUGCUUCUCUCGUUUUUUCGACUACUUUAUACUACGAUCAAACCUUCGAUGCUUUUCCGGACUAAAUUCUCCGAAUCAACAGGUUGCUCUGGUUUUGUACGCUUUACCAUUGGGAAAGCGCGCUCUUUGAUGUCACUUCGGAGGCGUCAAACCAGCUUGCGUUUUCCAUUAAAGCGAACAAUUUGGUCCAGUUUUUGGUCCUCGGUUUCAAAGAGCACGGCUCCUGGGCUUCUCUUCGCGCCGGUUUUGGAAAUAUAUAUUAUAUAUAUACAUUUUUUGCGCAGUGUACUUGUAAAUCUUUCCCGUUUUCUUCUCUCUUUACGUUUUCCGACGGUACAAUGCUGUUUUUUGAAGAAAUGAAGGACAAAUUUACAAAGCAAAGGAGCCCGAGCGCUGUUUCACCUGUCGUUGUGCGUUCGGGUGCGUGUGUGACUGCUUAGACUGAAGUAUGGAUGUACACGUAGCUAGUUUACAUGCAUUCAACUGCCACCUUUGAAACUGUCUCGUCUCUUGCCUGUAAUAUAGAGGAACGUCUCUGACAUCACAGCUCUAAUGGAGGCCUUCCGGAGAAAAAUUGUCCCGCUCGACUAAUAACGCGCACCCAGAGUGAUCCGUCGUUGUUUUUUUUUCCUUUUCAUUUCAGCAACAUUGAAUCUGUUCGGUUUCUACUCAACUGCAUUCGUUUUCAGUCUUCCAUUUGAUAAGUGUCGCCUCUUUUUGGAGCGGGUGGUCACGCGACGACCGAAACUCCGGCUGACAGGGACGCCUCACAAAACUACUGCACGGCACACACUGUAACUAUUUAACCGACAAAAAAGCAAUAAGUUAUUUUUAAACUCAAGUAAUAACGAGCGCCGUUAACGGUGGUACGAAUACGAUGGCGGUUACGUGGCAUUAAGAAUUAUUUUUCAGAAAAAAAAGAAGCUAUAUUUUUCAAGAUCCGUUUUAACCCCUUGAAAGUUUCUCAGAUUUUUACCGUACAUGUUAGCUGUUUGUUUGGAGGAUUUGUUGAAGAGGAUCGGCGGCGGAACUGGAAAGCAUCAGCGGGCGGCGCUCCGUCCCGUUGCUGUGGAGCUGCACGUCAACACUGUGACCUGAUGCUCAAAUACGCUGGUCCGCUGGCCCUUUACUGUAUUUUUUUAUUUUUCACCUCUGGAAAUUUUCAAGUAAAAAGAUCCUAAUAAAUUAUUUUAAAACAUUCCA